CUGGCGGAUAGGCAGGCUGGUGGCAGAUUUAAGCACUCAGUGUUGAGGUCACGGAGGACGAGCAAACAACCUCCAAACCUCCGGGAGCCGCGCAACGCGGCCUACAUUCCAGCAGGAGAGCCCCGCGCACUCCUCUCCACCGCGCAUGCUCCCGCCCGCCCCAGGCCCGGCCUGCCGAGGAAUGUUGGGCUCCCGGCGGCCCGUAGUUUCCCCGGCAACCGGCAGGAAGCGUGGGGGGGCGUGGGGCUGCCCGCCGCCGGGUCAGGAGGGGGUCGGGCCGGGCCUUGGGGCGCUGAAAAGGGGGGAUCGCGGAGAAGGGGGAAUCGCUGCUGCUUUCUUUCUCCGCUGCGCUCCGGGAGAGGGGUCAUUCAGCAGGGUAGUAGUGUUCUAAGAAUGUCAUCAGGCACCCAGAUGAAAGCAAAGUCUGCAGCACAGAAAAGCAAGACAUCUUCUCCUUUACUACGUUCUCCAGAACCUGCAAUUAAGCCACAGCCAAAGCCCAGUGACAAGCUGAAUCCCAAAACUAUUGAUCCAUUUGCUGCUCCUUCUAGAACACCUUCUGCAUUUGCAGCUACAUAUGCUAAAGGUGGCAUUCCAUGCAGGUUAAUGCAUGGAUCAGUAAAGCACAGAUUGCACUGGGAGUGCCCUCGUGAAACAGUUCCUUUUGAUCCUCUUCUUGUAACUCUGGCAGAGGGUCUGAGAGAGACAAAGCAUCCCUAUACAUUUGUUUCAAGGGAGGGUUUUAAAGAAUUACUUCUGGUUGAAGGUGCUACUGAAAAAGCCAUUCCCCUGUUGCCUCGUCUAGUUCCUGUGUUAAAGGCUGCAUUGGCCCAUUCAGAUGAUGAAGUAUUUGAAAGGGGAUUAGGCGCUUUAGUUCAGCUGAGUGCUGUUGUUGGCCCAUCUCUUAACGACCAUCUUAAGCAUCUUCUCACAAAUCUUUCAAGGAGAUUAAUGGACAAGAAAUUUAGAGAAAAAAUCACUGUUGCUUUACAAAAGUUGGAGCAAUAUGGUGGAAAGGCAACAGUGACUAUCAUCAAAUCCAAAAUUCCAACCUACUGUUCUAUCUUCUCCUGAACAAAAAAAUCCAUAGUGAUUUGUACUGGGAGGUCAAGUCUGAAGAUAAACUGCCUGUGAACAUCACUUUGUGGUUUGGGAGGUGUUUCUGAAGAGGACAGAAGCAAGUCAAAUGUGAAAGGCAAUUGCUGCAAGCUGUGCAUUGGACAUCAAUGAUAGCACUUUAACUCAGAGCAUUACUUAAAAAUAUGAGGACCACACCCUACAAAUAUGAAAAUAAAUGGUAAUGCCUCUGUAUAAAUUAGAAGCUGAUAUUUAAUAAGUAUGCUCAAACACCUGGAGCUGAAUCCAGUACAAAUGUGUAGCAAAACUAAGAAUAUUUAAUUUCCUUGUGAGAUUAAAUCUAUUUUAUCUAGGGUUUGAAAUGACAAUAAAGAUGCAUGGCAGGUUCUGUUUUGAUGGGUUUGAAAUAAAAAACUGACUUUUCAGAACAAUCUUGCUAUGUAGCCACUGCUGAAGUACUAAGACUGUAUAAUUUUGAAAGGGUUAGGGAUACAACUUUAAUUAAAAAAAGACUUGUUUGCAUAUUACAUGUCUCAGUGUAAAGCUGAGUAACUUUAUUUACGGUAAAGUGGGAAAUCCAUCUUUUAGAUUAUGUUGCAGAAUUGCUUAUAUUUGUCCAUUAGUUCCUGACCUAAUGCCUUCAUUAAAUCACAUUUUCAAAGA